CCUAAAAAUAUCGUCGCCAUAUUGGUAUUGUCAAAAAGUUUCGGGACAUUUAUCGGUGCUGAGGAAAAAAUGGUUUUUCAUUUAAUUUCCUUUGAAUUAUCGCUUUUAGAGUGAUUGGACAUCAUCUGCAGUGACUUUAGAUGAUUCGUGCGUUCACUCCGUUUUGUAAUUCGGUUGCCAAAUGAUGUUUUCGACGGAGAAAUGUUCGGGUCACAGCAGGUCGGGAUCUCCUGAUGAAGCGGAGAUAUUUGCCGGCGGUGGCGAAGGGCUAGGCAAGGACGGGGUGGCGUCCGACGAGGUGGCUUCAGCCGUGGCCGCUGUGUCGGACGACAUCGGAGAUAUCUUGAAAGACGAGCUGGGCGAUGCCGACAGAGCGGACCGCAUCGGCGCUGAACUGGCGGAUCUGAGCGCUGAGCUAGGCAUCCUAGCCGGUCUGGACGACGGCCAGCCGCAGGCAGACUUCCCGUCGCUGUUCGAAAUAGCGAUCGGCCACCGCGGCUCCGGCAGCGUUUCGUCUUCAUCAUCAUCGACCUCGUCAUCGGGAGUGCACCGCGCGCGCCGCCCCCCGCGCCCCCUGCGCACUGGGAGACGCAAGCCCAUCACCAAGCAGGCCAAGGAGGCGUCGCGUCGUCGCAGCGCGCUCGGCCGCCGCGUCGUGUCCCUGCGUCUGCCUCGACUGGAGCUCGUGUCCGACGCCUCCGAUGUGCCGGCUUCGUGCGACUCCGACGACCAGUGGACUGAGCUGGAUGAUGCGGUGUCAUCGGAAGACUCGUCUGUGAAGAACGCGUCGACGGCCGCCGAGGUGGACAGCAGCGAGUACCAGGACAAGCCGCAGGACGCAGAAGCGCCACCAAUGGGCCAGUUCCUGCUACCUCUUCUCAGCGCGGACACCGGCGCCGCGCCCGCGCAGUUCCUCAUACGACACGAGGACAUCUUACAGCUGCUCGCGUCAGCGGAAGCGCAGGCGGAGAUGCCGGGCGGCGAUGAAGACAACUACGGCGCACAGGACGACAUUAUGCAAAACGAGUUGUUUCCGUGCGACCAGCCGUCCCCCGUGUCGCCUGAGGACGAAGCGGCGCUUCUAAACUAUGUUUGUGACGCCCCCGAAGACUCGUGCGAAUGGCAAGCCGUGGACGAGUGGCUGAUGGGCGUGCACCACUCGCGCAGUGAGGUGUCCGUGUUCAUAUACACCAUGUCUGUCUGCGCCGCCAUACUCGGCAUAGAGAUGGAGCAAUGGGUGUACCGCUGCCGCUUCCCGUGCCACUGUGCGCUCUGCCUGUGCGCGUGCGCGUCGCGAGCCGCCGUGCGCUCUCUGUACGAGCGAGUGAGGCGCGCUCUGCACGAGGGUAUGUCUGUCUCUCUCUCUCCCGUGCCACUGUGCGCUCUGCCUGUGCGCGUGCGCGUCGCGAGCCGCCGUGCGCUCUCUGUACGAGCGAGUGAGGCGCGCUCUGCACGAGGGUAUGUCUGUCUCUCUCUCUCCCGUGCCACUGUGCGCUCUGCCUGUGCGCGUGCGCGUCGCGAGCCGCCGUGCGCUCUCUGUACGAGCGAGUGAGGCGCGCUCUGCACGAGGGUAUGUCUGUCUCUCUCUCUCCCGUGCCACUGUGCGCUCUGCCUGUGCGCGUGCGCGUCGCGAGCCGCCGUGCGCUCUCUGUACGAGCGAGUGAGGCGCGCUCUGCACGAGGGUAUGUCUGUCUCUCUCUCUCCCGUGCCACUGUGCGCUCUGCCUGUGCGCGUGCGCGUCGCGAGCCGCCGUGCGCUCUCUGUACGAGCGAGUGAGGCGCGCUCUGCACGAGGGUAUGUCUGUCUCUCUCUCCCGUGCCACUGUGCGCUCUGCCUGUGCGCGUGCGCGUCGCGAGCCGCCGUGCGCUCUCUGUACGAGCGAGUGAGGCGCGCUCUGCACGAGGGUGACGACACAACGGUAGACUCUGCGUGGCUGACUCGCUCGCUUGGCACCGAGCUGGACGUGGGCGGCUGGGACCCCGCGCGCCGCCCGCCCGUCUCUGAUGCAGGAGCGACAGUGAUACACGAGCAGCUACUUGCGGAGGCGCAAAAGAGCGAGCUCGCGAACAAGAUCAUCUGCCGAAUAUGCGAGUGCCGCCCCUACGACAAGCCUUUGGAGAAACAAUACGCGGUGGAAAGGUUCUUUAAAAUCUUGGAGAACUACAAGGCAGUGUCGACGGGGACAUUUAAGGUGGAAAUGCUCAAGACGGACGGCGAGCGUGACUUCCGGCUGGAGAAGCUCUUAUCCAGAUACCUGACGGCGUACCAGCAGGGCACCACCAGCGAGCGGCUGCGGCAGACGCGGCUGAGGACCACGCCGCAAGAAGUGAACGCAUGGGCGGGCUACAAGCACAAGUGCGAAUGUCUGACGCCGCGGACGCUGUGCGCGCAACAGAGGAAAGAGCUGCUCAGGCUAUCGUUCCUGCAAGUUGUGAAUGAGCUGCAUCGCAAAACUGAACCAAGCGAAGGGGAUAAGGCAACGAACGACGCGCAAGCCGAGUCGCCGUGUCGGGAGCUGCAACAGGGAGACGGGACGGGCGCCAAACCGCCAGACGCUUGCCUAAACGCUCUGACAGAAAGGGAGGACUCUGGGAGAGAGAUGAGCGACUCCAACAUCACACAAGAUCUGGACGACGAUGAUGACGAUGACGACAACUCGCUCGGAGGCUCGCUCGGCUUAUCGACGAGUUCGUCAUUGGAUUCCGCCUCUGAGCUGCUACUGGCUGCCGCCGCCGCUGUUGAGAGUGGAGGUUCAGACGGCUCCGCGGGCGGCGGCUCGCUCUGCGUCACCGUGCGCCAUCUCAUGCGCUCCAUCGCGUCCAUCGAGCGCCUCAUGGACCGCGUGCUGCGCCAGUGCGCACAGUACGCGCACAAGCAGACCAACAACCGUAAACGCGUGGACAUGGGCCUCACGGAGGUGGAUCGCAAGUUGAUGGCGAUGUACCGACGCCUGCCCGACGUGCACCGGAAGCAGCUGCAGGUGUACCGGAAGCAGAAGAAAUUGUCUACGGUGUGCAUGCAGCUAGUAGGCGGUUCCGCCCCCGCGCCCCCCGCGCCCGGCUCCCCGCCCUCCUCCCCGCCGCCGUCGCCGCCGCCGCGCCGCGCGCGCCCUAUCGACUACCAUCUGCAUAGGUUUAAGGAGGUUCGCCGCAAAGUGAUGCAUAUGAGGGACCAGCAGCUCUACUACCAUAGACUACGGAUGUGGCUGGAGGAACAACUGAGGCAGGAGCGGGACAGCGCACCAGAAAGCAACGUUUCGCUAGUAGAAGAGAUCCCGCGACGCAAGCGACGAACGGCCAGUCCCAAGGUACCUCGUCUGUCAGCGUCCAAGAGGAAACUGAAGCCGUCAGCGGCCGUCAGCAAGCCGCACAAGAUACUGCAGAUGCUCAAGCACAAGGCGCCGGCGCACGCGUAUCUAGACGACUUCAGCACCGAGGUGGACCCGCCAGAAGCGUUUCCACUGGAAAAGGACGACAUCAGCGACGCGGACACCAUCGUUGGGGAAAAGGAGGCGGACUUAUGCAAAGAAAUGAAGGAUUGUCUCGCCAAAUUCGCAAAUUUCGCCCUAAACGAGGACAAGUACCCAGACUCUGUAAGUCCACCUUUACAAGAAAUGUCCCCAACGUCCGAAGCAGUGCCAGUUUACACGCCAAAGCCGAAUCAAAGGCUGUUGACGGUGAACAAGCUGUUGCGGAACAACCCAGAGUUCCAAAGCGAGGUGGAGUUCCAAUCGCCGAUGAUGCCCGAUGUUCUGAAUAUAGCUCCGUUGAAUGCCAGACGAACGCCAAUGCUUGUCGAAGAGGUUACAGAGGAUAAAGCCAUAGAUUUACAACUGCCAGAAGUGUUGGAAGGCACAGACGUAGUUGUGGACGGAGGUAAAGAUCCCAAUCUUUAUAAGUAUGUGACGUUUGGACUCGAAAUCAAAAAAGCUAUGGAGGAAUGUCAGAAUAUAAUAAAUUCGUACAAUAGUGUUAAGGAGAAACAUGCGGAAGCGAAUAAGAUUGAUGAUAAAGACGGUCCGCUGUCGUUAGAACAGAUUUGUGAAGUUAUGCUCAAUCUAGACAAGAGCUCAGCGGAGUUUUUGCUAGAAAAGAUUGAGACAGACGACCCUAUGGAUAUCAACACUGCCAAUACUAAGUUAGCUGAACUAGUAGAGAAUAUGCCACAUAUUUUAGCGAAUAUGCCAGAAAUAGCCAGUAAACUGUGGAGCAAAGAGUUUGCCAAUGCCAGCUUUGAACUGCCAGAGUUUGCGUCCAUUAUGAAUAGUCUACCAGACGUCAACAGCGAAGCGCAAUUGACGCCUGAGACGUUAAAACAAAUACGCGAACUGAAACUCAACAAAAAUAGGGAUAGUGUUAAAGUGACCAAGAAUACAACGAAAAGGAAAUCCAACAGAAAGGUUAAGAAUAACAUAGACAACAACAAUAUAAUGGGUACGAUGACGUUUGAAUUUGACUGCAAAGACAUUUCGGAGCUGUUGAAAGACGAAAAGGAGUUGCAGGCGCUAAUGAAAAACAAAUCUAGUAAUAAGGAAGAUUUCAAAGAUCUCCUCUUCUCUAUAUCCGCUCAAGUAGUUAUUAAUAAAGUGUUUGAAUAUUUGAAACAGAACAAGAACCCCGUAUUGGCUAAAUGUCUAGAAGACGACAAAGACUUAUUUUCGCUGCCCAAAAACAGUAUUAACUCGGAAAUGUUCUCAAAAGCGUCAACUUUAUUCGACAAUUCGGUUAAAGAUGCAUUGUCAAUGGAUGAUUUAAGGGAACUAGUGAAAUCACGGUUUAAUUCGUGGAAACAUUACGUGGCUUCGAAAUUCAAGAGCAUCCCUAUGGAAUUACUUGAAAACGAAAUAGAAGCGAUGCUUGAUAAAUUCUACAGUUACAUACAAGACCUGGCUAAGGAAUGCGAGUGCGAGGCUGACAAAGCGGCUGAAAAAAUAGCAGAAAUCCAACUGAAAGCCAUAGAGGAAAGCGUGGAGGAAAUAUGUCCAGCUUCCAAAGAGUCUCUGAAAACUAUCUCUAAAAUUCUUAACACAACCGCUGGCAACACAUUUGAUAUAAUCAUAAUGAAACUGUCAGAGAUGUCGGUAGAAACUCAAUCGUCAAUCAAAAGUCUGAAGCUCAAAUACAUGGAUAUGAUUAAGAGAUGCGCGGAGUCCCAACAGUUGGCCGCUUGGAUUAUUAUCAACCCUGAAGUAGCAGCCAAUGUUAUUUCAGACAUGACUAAUUUACCGCCUCGCCCUAAAACAGACGCGUUAGACCCUGCCAAAGUGGCUUCCAUGACGAACGAGAAGAAACGAGAAUAUUUCCUCGAAAGGCUAAAAGAAAUGAACAUGCUCUAUAUGGAAACUUUGCCUAAAGCGUCUCUAACGGGGGACGAAUGGCUGGUAAUGCUGUACAGAUUGGAAGAUACAGAGAAUAAGUUAAAAGAUAUGUUGUCUAAAAUUUGUGCGGCUAAAGUCAUGCCACACACCGAAGUUAGCGAGGUUCGAGCUAGCGAAUUCUUAGAGCGAACCAUCAUCGGAAAGGAACUAAUAAAAAUAGUUGCUAACACUAAGACUAAGCCAAUAUCGAAGUCUCUAGACAGAAAUGUCCAAACUAAACAAGAGAAGGAAAGAGCGGAUGAGACUAAACGGAGAAGCGAUGCGGUAUUAGCGAAAUGCGAAGCCAUAUUGAAGGCUAAGGGAGACAUAACUGUCUUAGAUAAUUUCUAUACAAUCAAAAGAUACAUCUCUCAAGGCCUACCUGUUCCGGAAGGAUAUAAGCGUCACGUGAUAUCGAUAUGUUCUAGCAUAGACUCUAAACUGUUCGACGACGUUCUAGAAGAUUCCACACAGAAGAAACCGGCCAAAGAAGAAUGCACGGACAAGAAACACAUAUGCUGUCAGGAGUUCGAAGAUGAUUCAGGGAAUUCGUCACCAAACUGCUGCGGUAAGGACAAAAACCCCGCGGCAGUCAUCGGAUCGCCAGAACUACUAGCCAAGUAUUCCGCGCAAGCGCUGCGCAAAGCAAAACAGACUUUAAACGCUGUCGCUUUCCGAAAGAACAUACUCCGUAACGGACAAACAAAAUCGGAAUCGGACGCGUGUGACACGCCGAAAACCGAUUGCAAAUGGACAAACGACUGCGUAUGCGAUACGUGUAAAAGCACGGACGCUUCAGGCGUCUGUUUAGGUGACAUCGUAAAGCAGUGCUACGAUAUGGAGGCAAAGUCAAAGUCUACUUUGGAGGAGAAGAAGAAGGAGGUGAAAGUGGCGGCCAAGCCGGCGGUGAAGCCGGCCAAGCCGCCGCCGAAACCGUGCGAGAAUGCGUCGCACCAGCAGCACGUUUGUAAAGUGGGCCACACGAGCGGCGCGUGCUCGUCGGACGGCGCGGGCGUGGAGCAGCCCUGUACCUGCUGCUACUGCACCGUGUUCGGACACGCCCCGCCUAUAACGACGCCUGUGCCUCGCAACUUCAACGAAACUCGGGAGCGACUGCGGUCCAUACUGAACAGGAAGAAACAGAAAUGCAAACCCACCACUAACGGAGAACCAGAAUCCCAAGACAAGAAGGCGACAGCGCCGGCGGAAGCGCCGCCGCAGCCGACGCCCAAGCUCAAGCCUACACCGGUGCCGUGCACGCCUAAACCACCACCCGUAUUACCCAAGCCAGCCGUCCCCGCCCAACAGCCCCCGCCCCCCGCGCCGGCGCCGGCGGAGGCCGAUCAGCAACAUCAGCUGGCGGAGAGGAUGGCCAGAAUACACGUAGACGACAGUAAAGUGAAGCCGCUCCAGCGCACGCUGCCGGCGCAGGCGAGCGCGCCGCCGACGCCCGCGGAUGGGAAAGUCAACGCGCAAGCUAUGGAGCAGAUUAGACUACAGCAACUGAAACAGCAGCAGUUCUUACAAGCGCAGGCGCACGCGCUGCAACAAGUGAAGAAGCAACAGCCAAGCAAGGAACAGGGGCAGACCAUGUCCAGACAAGAGAUGGUGGUGAAGCAGCUGGAGGCGCGCAGCAGACAGCAGCAGGCGCAGCGCAGCCGGGACCCUAGCACGGACACGAGCAGCUCCGAGGGGUAUUCUAUUCUAUUCUAUUAUAUUCUGGGAGGGCGCGAACACGGCACACAUUACAGACAAGAGAUGGUGGUGAAGCAGCUGGAGGCGCGCAGCAGACAGCAGCAGGCGCAGCGCAGCCGGGACCCUAGCACGGACACGAGCAGCUCCGAGGGCAGUGACUCGUGCUGGCGCGGCUGCCGGGAAGACCCUCGAGAUUUGGACGCUCUACUACAGUACAUUGAAGGACCGGCGAGGCACGUGGACCGAGGGAAGAAGCGAGCUAAGAAACAACGGCAGAAGGCUAAGAAGCUGGAAAUGCAGCUACUCUCCGAAGCGGCGUCUCUCCGCUCCCAGUACCAGUCGCUGAAAGCUCUAGUGGAGCGCCUGAGAGCAGUUCACAACAGCCACUCGCGACGCAUGCAGGACUUGACAGCCAGGCUGCAGAAACGAGGUAAAAACAAGAAGAAGAGUGCGCAAAACAAGCAGAUUGUCGUGGAAGAGUACGACGAACUGGUGCAAAUCGUCAACGAGACUUCUAAGGAGCUGACGGAGGCGGAGAAGCGCGUGCAGCAAGUGUCGGCGCGGCUCGACGAGUGCGAGCGCAACCUGCUCAAGAUACGAGAGCCCACCAGGGAGGAGAAGAUGCAAAGAAUGCAAGACUUCCAGCGCCAGCGAGUCAUGGAGCUGCAGAGACAGAGGCAGACGAUGACGCAACAGCCCACCGCCACUGUCACUAACUUCCAGCGCCAGCGAGUCUUGGAGCUGCAGAGACAGAGGCAGACGAUGACGCAACAGCCCACCGCCACUGUCACUAGUGAGUACACCCCCCUCUCUCUCUCUCUCUCUCUCUCUCUCUCUCUACUAGACUUCCAGCGCCAGCGAGUCUUGGAGCUGCAGAGACAGAGGCAGACGAUGACGCAACAGCCCCCCGCCCCUGUCACUAACCAGCGAGUAAUGGAGCUGCAGAGACAGAGGCAGACGAUGACGCAACAGCCCGCCGCCACUGUCACUAACUUCCAGCGCCAGCGAGUCAUGGAGCUGCAGAGACAGAGGCAGACGAUGACGCAACAGCCCGCCGCCACUAGGCAGACGAUGACGCAACAGCCCACCGCCACUGUCACUAGUGAGUACACCUCUCUCUCUCUCUCUCUCUCUCUCUCUCUACUAGACUUCCAGCGCCAGCGAGUCUUGGAGCUGCAGAGACAGAGGCAGACGAUGACGCAACAGCCCACCGCCACUGUCACUAAUAUGUCACAAAUGCAAAACCGGCCUGCGAUCGAUCCUAACAGAUACGCGCAAAUGAACAUGAGCCGGCCACCCACCAAUGACUAUCGGACAGCCCAGCCGGUCCGUCAACCAGAACCUCCCAAGCCUCAGCCCGAGGAGAAGAAACCGGUCGCCAGCAGUUGGGAGCAAGCACUGGCUCACAUGAACCAUCUGGUGCAGACGGCUAAUAAGGACAAGAAAAAGCAAAAAGAACAGGCUAAAGCGGCCAAGGCGGAGGCGGCCAAGCAGAAAGAACAGCCACCGCCAGAACCCGCGCCGCUAACUAAGAAGCAACGGAGAGCACUCGCUAAACAACAGGCCGAAGAAGAAGAAGCGAAACGGAAGCAGCAAGAGGCGAAAGCCAACAAGAAGUCGGAGCAGAAGAAACAGGACACGGCCAAGACCGAACCCCCUAAGAAGGAGGGAAAGAAGGAGACGGCAGCUGCGAAGAAGGACGAAAAGAAGGACAACAAGAAGAUGGAAAAAGGAGACGCGAAGAAGGGGAAAGAGAAUAAACAGGAGAAGAAUAAUGCGCAACCCCAACCGACCACAAAACAACAGAAGCAACAACCUCAACAACAACAAAACAACAAGAAGAAGAAAGAGCCCCAGCAGCCUCAACAACCGAGAGCGCAAGUCAUCAACAUCACAGCUGAUACCACACUCGAGGCUGUCAAGAAGGGCGCACGCAACGCCGAGCCGGAGAAAGUCCCAUCUUGCAGCAUCAUGGAGCAACUUAGCUGCGGUGUUCAGGUGGCUGACCUGAAGUUGCCUCCCGGCAUCACACUCACUCGCGUCCAACCGAACGAGAAGAGAGAGGCGCCCACCAUCAAAUCUGUGCCAAUAUGGAAGUGCAACCAGCUGGCGGCCGCCCCGACGCCGGUGGCGCGGCCGCCGCCCGUCAUCAACGCGGACCCCGCCAUGAUGAUGUUCAGCACCGCGCCCGCCCUCGGCAUGCCUGAACCACCGAAGACCAUAAUAGUACCAGACUUACCACCCGCGCCCGCGCCCGCCCCAGCCCCCGCUGGAAAGUCCAAAAAAGCCAAGAAAAAGGCCAAAAAAGCCGCAGCGGCCGCCGACAACACUCCCAUCAUAACCGAGUCAAAAAAACAGGACGGAACCAAAAUGGUCACCCUACGGAACCCCAUGUUCCAUCCCAACAUGCCGCCAGUACAAGUCGGACCUCAACAGCCGAAUAACAAAGACGCGUCAUUAAGAAUUCCGGACCCUAUACCAAUGCCGCCCAACGCCGCUUGCCAAGCGACCAUCACCCCUACGUCCAACGGAAUGUACACCAUACGGAACCCACUAAUGUCCAUGAUGCAUCAGCAAAGCCUAGGCAUGAGACCCCAAAGCCCACAAGUGCCAAACAUGUAUCCGCAACAGAAUUACAACUAUGUGAACCCGAAUGUUUACAACCCACCUAUUCCGCCCCAAGCGUAUGUGAUAGAUGCUUCUAGAACGUCGCCUAAGAAUAUAGAAGUAAAAACUGAUUACCAGAACCAGACUAGACUGAUGAAUCUAGCUUCGUUCACUCAGAAAAACGAUGAAGGGUAUUCCCUGUUUAAAACAAACGAUGAUAAUCAAUCAAGAGGUUUUCUGAACCCAGAGUCUUAUUAUCUAGAUUCGAACUUCACGAAUCAAGCUCCUAAGCCAACUGUUUCGCCCAACCCUAUAGGUACAAGACCUACUAGCGAGUCGAACAGAUCAUUCGAUUCGAACGAUUCGUCGUUAUUCACAAACAACACGGUGCAACGGCCUGAGCCAAUCGGAACGCCGCUUAAAAGAACAGAAGACGAACGGAGCGAUUUCAUUGGUGGUUUAUACACGCCGUUCGGCCAAGAGGAUAGGAAUGUGUUCCGUAAUGCGUUGUUCGAUAAGGGUGAUAUUGGGUCGGGGUUGGGACAGGAUAUGAAUCAUCAUAUGUCGAAUGGGGAUUCGCUGCCGUAUUUUCAGCGGUUGCGAGUCGGGUCGAAGUUGAACAGUGAGGUUACUAUUCAUCAUGUCACGGAGUCCAAGUUUUAUAAGGGACAGGAGCCACAAAUGCCGCUAGACGUACAGUCCAACAAAUGUGAGGAGACAUUAUUCUCCUACCCGAACAAGAGCUGGGCGCCCGGCUACGUGGCGCCCUCGCCGCCUGUGGGCAACUGUACUGGAGACUCGCUGCAGUGUGGGGCGGCUGCGGAGGCGGCGUGCGAGGGCGGCGCCCACGACGAGGAGGGUGGGUUCGGAGCCGUCGGCAGCCGCGCCGCCCGCCCCCCGCUCGACCAACAAAGCAUGUAUACGGGCGAGCGGCCGGACGACAGAGCAUCCUUAGAAGCAUUACAAAGAUACGAACAACUGUACCUACAGUCUCAUCGCAUGCAUCACCUUAACACCAACUAGAUGUCAUAAGAAUGUAUGGAGCAGGCGGCCAAGCGAGGCCGUUAUUAUUCUGAGGAGUGGCUGGACUAGUAGUAAGAGAAAAUAUACGGAUUUACUUAGAUUGUCGAGAGAAUUACGGUGGUAUUAUACCUACAGUCUCAUCGCAUGCACCACCUUAACACCAACUAGAUGUCAUAAGAAUGUAUGGAGUAGACGGCGAAAACAGGCCGUUAUUAUUCUGAGGAGUGGCUGGACUAGUAGUAAGAGAAAAUAUACGGAUUUGCUUAAAGAGCGUUGAGAGAAUUGCGAUGGUAUUAUCGCUUAGGUGGUUUCAUUCACGCACUGCCACGCAUCACUCUGCGUGUUGCGUGAAUAACACGCAAAUGCAAUUUCGGACACGCGUUCACGCAACACGCAGCGUGCGCCUUAAAUACACCACGCAGGUGGGCCCAAUUGUACGUGUCUUUACUCGUAUAUGUUAUCUAAAGAUAAGGUUUAUCGAACUGCAUAAUAACGCCGCGAUUCUUGCUCGAAAUAAAAAUAUAUAAUUAAAGCAGUAUAUUUUAACAAUAUCUACUCUGUAUGACAAAAACGAUAAGUAAAUCCGUAGAUAUAAAAGAUAAACGAUGCGGCAUUCAAUUGUAAAAACCGAUAAAGGUGUGGUAUAAUAAGUCGAAAUGGGUGGACUCAGGGGGUCUAUUAUAUUCUGAGAGGGGGCGAAGUUCCUGUACGUGGCUCUCUCGAGUGGAACCUUUGUACAUAUCCCCUUGAUUUCAGCUCAGCCAGCCUAGCUCCGAGUAAACUGGAGUAGCAAGCCUGGGUGUUGC